UCAAACAGGUUAGUUGAAUACGAGUAGGAGGAAAAUGUACCGCGGAAUAUUGUUGUUGUAUGUUUGCUCUGUAGUUGGUUAUAGCGAAAAUGUGACAGCGAGCGCGCCAGGGCCCGUGACCUGUGCUCCUUCGGGCACUUUCCGAGGGUCCUGGAUGAGCUCCAGGCGCGGCAGACAGUUCCAGGCGUAUCGGGGGAUCAGGUACGCGGAGCCGCCUGUGGGAGAGCUGAGAUUCCAGCCUCCAAAGCCAGUGCUACAAUAUGAGGGUACAGUGGACGCGAGUGCCGACGGCCCGGCGUGCCCACAGCCCACCAGGGAAGGGUACCCGGUCAGCGAAGACUGCCUCACCAUCAACGUCUACACUCCCUCCAACAACAGUUCCGCUUCCCUCCCGGUGAUAUUCUUCAUUCACCCUGGCGGGUUCUACUCUAUGUCGGGGCGCAGCGACCUGGCCGGCCCCCACUACCUUCUGGACAAGGAUGUGGUGCUCGUCACUAUUAACUACAGGAUUGGUUCUUUAGGUUUCCUCGCGAUGGGAACGGUGUAUGCUCCAGGUAACAACGGGUAUAAGGACCAAGUAGUAGCGUUGCGGUGGGUCCAGAGGAACAUCGCGGCGUUCGGGGGCGAUCCCAACCUCGUCACCAUUGCCGGCUGCAGCGCUGGUUCCUUGAGCGUCUUGCUGCAUAUGAUAUCGCCCAUGUCUAAAGGUCUAUUCCACCGAGGGAUUUCACUGAGUGGUUCUCCUUUGGCCAAAGUGCCAAGUCCUCCAGACAGGAUGGACUUGGCCAUCAAGCAGGCCAAGGUGUCCAACUGCCCCACCGACGACAAACAACAGCUUUACAACUGCCUAAAGACCAAGACUUGGAAAGAACUCGCUGGCUCUUUAUUAGGAUUUUUUGACUUUGGCUAUGACCCUCUGAGUCUGUGGCGGCCCGUCGUAGAGCCAGACUUCGGCCAGGAGCGGUUUCUGCCGCUCGAACCCAUGGAGGCCAUCAGGCAGGGGAAGAUGCACGCGGUUCCUUAUAUCAUCAGCAUGACUAAGGAUGAGUUCUUUUGGAAGGCGUUCACUAUACUCCGCAACAACACGCUACUACAGACCAUGGACACGGAAUGGGACCGGAUCGCGCCCAUCUCAUUCAUCCUGCCCAAAGACAACUCCACACGUGAUGGAGCCCACGGUGCCGCCGUGGGUGCGCGCGCGCUGGCGCCGCGUGCAGCGCGCGCGGGCCGGCAUCCCACGCACGCGACGACUUUUGGCACGCGCCGCAUCUCAGCCUCUACACGGGGCACUACCUCGGCGACCAGCACGCGAGACAUGAUAUUAUCAGAAAUAGACAGUGCAGUGGAACCUACCCAGGCCGACUCUCACAUAUUGGCAGAUGGGCUAGGUCCGCGGGUGGUGUUCGCCACGCCGCCCAACCCAUGGCUGCAUCAGCUCCCGCUCGACCCCGAGUGGCAACGGAACUUGCCUUUACCGCCUGAACUUAAGAACGACCCGUUCUCGGCGUACAUCCCGGAGGCUCCCCCCGCUGCCCCCGCUCUCCCCGCCGCCGCUCCGUCCGCGCCGCCGCCGCGCCACUCGCACUGGGGCGAGUCGACGCUGGGCUGGGCGGCCGGGACCGUCCUCCUCGCACUGUUCGUGAUCAUCGUCAGGGCCACGGAGAAGUGCCUCGACAAACGACUGUUCAAAGAACAACUGACAGCACCAAACACACCUCCUGUAGGCCAGGAGUUGCAAAUCGACCUCCCACCCCCGUACUCCGAGUGUACCCGGCCCAAACCGCAGUGUGAGGACCCGCCACCGCCCUACUCAGACUGCUACGUUUCUUUCAUCAAUCCCAAAGAUGGGGUCCCAUCAGCUCACAUCAUGAUGCGAGACAGAUCUGAUAACGCAGCAAAUGUCGAAGCCAAUGAUGGAGACACUGGAAGCAAUUCUAACGCUGAUCGAGCAACUGGACCAAAUGUUGGUAAUACAGAUGCUAAUGAAGUUGGAAAUUGUGGAACAUCUGAUGUGGAAGCAACGAAUGGUGGUGAAAUCAUUGGUGUACAUGGAUCCAAUAUUGGUAACACGAGUUGUGUCAUAAAGAAUGAAACUUUGAGGGUUUAG